AUGGGAGCUUAUCAAGCUAGGCCGACUACUAAGUGAGAAAAAAUAAAUGGUACAGAAGCUAAGAUUAAGUAUGGAGUUUGCUCAAUGCAAGGGUGGAGAAAAACUAUGGAAGACACUCACAUCGUUGAUACUACUUCCUUAGGAGAAGGCAUAUCUCUUUUUGCAGUUUUUGAUGGCCAUGGAGGGACUGAAGUUUCAAAAUAUUUAAAGAAGAAUUUUGUCAAAGUGCUAAAGGAGAACAAAAAUUUCGCUAUCAAGGACUAUGAGCUUGCACUAGUUCAAACCUUCAAAGAACUUGACAAAAGCUUAAUCACCCCUGAGGUAAAUAGUGAGCUGAUAAGGCUCAGUACAUCUCCAAAAGAUUCAUGGGAUCGUCCAGAUAUUAAAAGCGUUGCAUACGGUGUAGGGUCUACUGCGUGAGUUGCUCUUAUAACUCCAGAAACUAUAUUCGUUGCUAACCUGGGAGACUCCAGGUGAGUGAUCUCAAAGAAGUCUAAGGCAUAUGAAAUGAGUGUAGAUCACAAGCCAGAAUUGGACUCUGAAAAGAAAAGAAUUUCUGCAGCUGGAGGCUUUGUCAAAGAUAACAGAGUGAAAGGAAUGCUAAACCUUAGUAGAUCAUUUGGUGAUAUGUAUUAUAAGUGCGAUCCUGAUCGUUCUCCAACAAAGCAAAUGGUCAUCAAUGUUCCUGACAUUUGAGAACAAAAGAGGACUAAAGAAAUUGACUUCUUAUUUAUUGCAUGAGAUGGAAUUUGGGAAUGAAUGAGCAGUACUGAGGUCUGAAAGUUUAUAAACAGAAACAUAAAGAAAAAUAAAAAGAAAAUGGCUACUUUAGUACAGACUCUCUUUAAUAAGAAUCUCGCCAAUGAUCUUAAAAGCUCAAGGGGAAUUGGGACAGACAAUAUGACAGGAAUUCUGAUAACUUUAAACUAAACACCUUGUGGUCACCUAUCAGACUCGUAGAAUGGUGAAUCUAAGUUCAAAUUAAGCUAGAAUUUUUGUAUCUUACAGUUUCAAUUAA